AUGUCACAGAGCAUCUCCAGAUCGCUGCCGCGUCUCACCAUGGACAAACUGCCAACCGAAAUUCUUACCAUGAUCGCGGCAAUAUCCAGCCAAAACAAGAUAGAAUUGCUGGAUUUGUGGAAGGAGAGAAUGAGUUUGAGCGUUGAGAGUUUUGCCUCUGCUCCUCCAGUGCAAGACUACUCCCACAUAGGCCAAUUCAGACUUGUGUGUAGGAGCUUUUCCAAGGCUGGUGUGAGCCACCAAUUCAUGCGUAUUCAAAUUCGAUUCUCCCCCGAGGGAUUUCGAAAGCUCGAACAGUUCAUGGCUUUUGGCGACAUAACCUACUAUAAAGCAGUUAAGCAGUUCUCAUACAUGAUACCUCCCCUCUACAGCAAAGAAAGAGCCCAAUUUGAGGCUAUCCUUCGCGAUUUUGAUUCACAAUUGAACGCUACCAUGGAUAGCAACGAGGGACAAGCACCGCUUACCCUGCAUCAGCAGCGAAUCGCCGCUCACUAUCGAGGGCAAGUUGCAAAGGCCAUGGCUAAAGCCGACGCGCAAAGACACAUGAUCAGAGAGGGAUCUGAUAAGACUGCGCUGCUCUCCGCAUUCACGGCGUUCACCAGCUUGAGGCAGAUUCGAUUAAUGAGGGUUACGGAUGAAGAUGACCGUGGCUGGGCCAUUUUUCUAAGGAAUAAUCCAACUUACGCUGAUGAAGGCACCGCAUCAGAGUGGAGCUCGGCAUCUGAGCAUGCUAUAUCAACUAUAUUCGCAGCCGCGAAACAGACGGGAUCUCCUUUUAAUCGCCUUUCGAGUCGUUUCAUAGACCCUUCCAUGCCACUGGUCCUUACAUCCACAUUGAACUCCCAAAUCACUUCAGUCGCUCGGAAGUUGAUCUCGAUCGAGCUACAGCUCAUCGAGCAUGCAGACCCAGACGAAAAGAUCACGGCACUUUCUCCAAUUUUCGAGGUGGCUUUUCGCGCAGCUAUUGGUCUAGACAGCUUCCACAUCGGGUCCAAUUAUCAAAUCUCGGUUCCUCUCUCAUUAGUGUUCCACGGGAUCCAUUUCAAAAACCUGAAGCAUAUCGGACUGCAUUUAUGGCAACUGGAUCACGAGGAGUUGUUAGAAAUGCUGGCCCAGCAUCAAGGAACCCUUCGCUCGUUACGUCUUAGAAGGAUCAAUCUCCGACAAGCAUCGCCUGGAGAUUUGAACUGGAAGAAAGUCUUGCACUACGUACGAUCGCAUCUCACAUUGAAUUGGAUCAGCUUAAGAAUGAUUCGCUACGAAGGCGAGGAUCAGAUUGGUGGUAUGCUCCCGCUGGCUCCUCUUCAGGGACUCCGUAACUUCGACUCUGACAGCGACCUCGAGGAUCCUAACGACUGGAGCGAUUCUAAUUCUGGUCUUGAGAAGGAGGACGAUGAUCACGAAGAUGAUCACGCGGACUCCGAUAUGGCACCAAGCCCCGACUCGAUACACGACUCUGCCGAUGACGAGGCUUCCACUGAAGCUCACGAAAGCUCCGAAGCUUCAGAGGAUGAAGUCGAGGACGACGAGGGCCACCACAGCGAUCUCGACGAUGAACACCAUGGGGACUUUCAGGCGGGCAAUGCGAUCUUACCAUGCCAUUGCAAUGAUUGGCCGGAAUCGUAUUCCUGGGGCGACCUGGACGACAAUGGAGUUUCCAUAUCUCCGAAACAGUGGAAAAAGUGGGAGAAGUGGAGCAUUUACAGAUGUCGUCUUCACGAUCCACCGCAGUGA